AUUCUGUUCAAACGCGGCGCACGCUUCGAGCGGACGAAGCAGCUUCUGGCACACACUCGAAGUUAGCAAAACCCGUUAAAUAUUGUAAAAUUCAAACAGACUUAAAUCGUGCUGACCGCAAAAUAUAAUCAAAGACCCGUUAAACGUCAUAAAACUAAAAAAAAAAAGAGAAGAAACAGAAACAAAAACAAUCAAGUGUACGAAAAUAGCUCAAUUGCAAUAUUUGCGAGUGGGCGUGUCUGCUGUGCUUGUGUGCGUGCGAGUGCAUCUGGUGUCCCUGUCAAAGGUUAAACCUCAUAUGAAAAUGUCGUUCGCUAACCAAAAAGCAAUGUCAACGAAAGCCGCCUUCASUUCUGCCGCUGCCGCUGCCGACGCCGAUGCCGCUGCUGCAGCUGCAGCUGGUGCUGAUGCUUCUGCUUCUGCUGCGAAGGUCGCUUCAGCCGUGGAGCUGCCCAAGGCCAGCCGGGCAACUGUUUCGCCACUUUCGGGUCCUCCAUGGGCGUUCCUCUUGCUGGGCGCCAUUUUGCUCUGCUGCGGCGGCUUUGGGCUUGUCGAUGGCCUCAAGUGCCACAUGUGCGGUCAGUACAACGAGGGCGUGGGCUCCAUAACGCCCUGCACCAACUACUCCAAGGAAAUUGCACAUCUGUAUCUCAAGGAGUGCACCAAGAAGAGCGAGAAGUUCUGUGUGGCCUAUAUCCUAUCCAGCGGACCUUCAGAGUAG